AAUUUUAAAUGGAAAAAAGUUUCAAAUAAUUUUCGGCUCAAUUUUAAUCAUGUUUAAAUAUUUGUAGUAACGUCUAAUCAAUUGUAAAAGUUGUCAGUCCCUUUAAAAUAAAACUGGAAAUAAACAUUUUGCUUAUGAAAUAUCGUAAAAAUGGGUAGUCGAGACGGUUGCUCUCCAUAUGCUGGAGCGUAUCCUCAAAGACGACCAGAACCUCGAAUAAAUUGUACUCCUGGGGGAGGUGUAAGAAUGCCUUAUUAUAAUGGUCCCUGCCCACGUCAGGGAAUGUAUCCACAAGGAUCAGCAGGACCAAUGCCACAAAAUGAUUGCUUUGGUGACGACGAUGAUGGUGAUGACGAUGAAAUGGAUGACGAUGAUGAAGGAGGAGCUUGCGCGCUUCCAGAUGAUAUAUGUCCAUUGCAGAACGUAAGAUCUUCACAACCACCUCCUAAAAACAUGACUGCAGAACAAGAGGAAUUAAGGUCAUAUGAAGCGAAAGUUUCACAGGAAUUGAUAAGGGAUAACUAUUGCCCCGGCACUAUACAAGAUACAACAAAUAGACAAGUUGACUUUAAUAAAAAAGCAUUUAGUUUAGCUCUAAAAGGUGACCAAAUAAGAAGGGAACUACCAUCUCCAGAGCCAAUAACAUUAAUAGAAGCUUUUAUCAGACGUUAUAGAUACGAUAAGAAAAUGAUUUUCAAGGAACAAAUAGAAAACGUGAAAGAUGGAUCAGGAGCAGUGGUUGAUGAACAAAUGAGACUAGUAGAUGAUUACUUUAAAACGCAACACAAUACGGAAUUAACCAGGGCCUUAAAGUCGUUUAUAAAAGCUGAUAAAAUAUAUAGUAUUUCGCAGUCGUCGGCUGAUUCAAAACCAUUCGAUCUAGAAUUGUAUAAUGGUAUUCUUCAACGCGAAAAUAUUGAAAUCAAAGUUUAUUCCGGCAAUACUAAACCAGCCGAAGGGGGUCAAUAAUUCAAACAAAAAAUGGGGAUAUGGACAUAACAAAAAAAAAUAAUGGGAUCUACUAAAAAGGCGUACCUUCAAUAACUUUACAAUACAUUUUACUAACUGAUUAAAAUAAUCAAAAUUAAAAUAAAAAUCAAUAGUUUCACAAAAUAGACAUAAUAUUGAGCAAUAAUUAUA